AUGUCGGCCUUUUCGAUCCCCAACAUACAGGCCCACCCUGAGUCCUUCAUUGGACCGGGGCUUGCAGGGAUGUUCGUGCAGGCACUCCAGACCGGCUUCUUGAUCAAUCAGGCCCUCAGGUUCUGGAGCCGAACUUACGAACCACUCAUACUCAAGGUGAUCGUUUCGUUCGUAUCGGCCGUCGCAGCCUUCCAGACUGCCGUUUCCUUCUACGCCAUCUGGCGGUUAUGUGUCCAUCAUUUCGGAGACUGGGUGGCUACUGUCAAUCCUGCUUGGCCAGAUAAGAUUCAGACAAUGCUCACGAUGGCGAUGGCGUCGCCUGUGCAAGGCUUUCUCAUCUGGAGAUGUUGGAUUCUCACCGACAAACGCUGGAUAACUCUGGUGCCCUUGUCAGCAUUAUUGACUCUCACCACUGUUACCAGCAUUGUGGUCACGGCAGACGUCUUCACGGUGGACUUUACCAAGCCUCUAACGCCGCCUGCUGGUCCAGCAGCUAAGAUACCGGUGGACGUCACUUGGGUAUUAUGCAUAUCGGGAGCGGCUAUCCUCGACAUCGCCCUUACCACCAUACUCUCCCUGUACUUGCUACGAUCCAGGCAUUCAGCUAUAACUCCAAGGUUCAAACGAAUUAUCACGAAACUCAUCGUAAUAGCAUGGGAAGCGGCGCUAUUGCCAUCCGUGUGCGCUAUAACGACGGUGAUCACUUACUUAAAAUUAGUCGACUACAAUUUCUGGGAUUUGUUCUUCCAGCAGGUGCUUGGGAAAUUCUAUGUGAUAUCCUUAUUCGUGACUCUUAACGGACGCGCCGAUUUACAACGGAAGCCUCAAGAAAGUUUCCUCGCAAAUCUCACCCAUAUUACGGAGAUGCAUCCGCUCUCCGCCCAGGAGAUCCGGAUCGGGAUCGAUCGUAGUCGGGACCAAAUGCACGAGGAACGACUCGUCUUCGAGAUCGGAAAGCUGGACGCCGACUCGCGGGCUCGGGAGCUGCUGACGGCCUCACCCCUGCUACGGUUUUGGUAUGCAGCGAGGCCGGGACAGUACACCGUCAUGGAUGUCUAA